AUGGAGACGCAGCAGCAGCAGCGCCGGCACCAGCUCCGGACGCCCAUGGACCCGCUCGUCUCCCUCGCCGCGAGCCUCCUCUCGGCCUUCUCCCCGUCGCCGUCGUCGACCACCGAGCGGGGCGCCACCACCUCCACGAUACUCCUCCUGCCGCUCCCGGUGGCCGCAGCGCGCGCGCUGUCCGUGCUCCGCAGGCUCGCGCUGCUCGCCACGCAGGCCUUCAUCUCCCUCUUCUUCGCGUUCCUCUCCGCGCUCUCGCCCCCGCCCCCGCCGCCGCCCCCCUCGCUCGCGCCCUCGCUGCCGCCGCCGCUGCGCGGGGACCGCGCGGGCGCGGGGGGCACCGCCGCGGCGCCGUCCACCUGCGUGGAGCGCGCGCUGGGGCACGUGCUCUGGGUGGCGUCCCGGCUCCCCGUGGCCUCCCGCAAGUACGAGCUCGUGCGCGGGCUCGCCGAGCGGCUGCUCGACGAGAACAACGUGGGCGCGCGGGUCGCCGCCGUGACCCGCGCCGCGCUGGCCGGGGCGUUCGAGCGCACGCUGCGGCAGCUGGAGGCGUCGGCGGGCGGCGAGUGGGGGCCGCCCGGGAUGGAGCUGGCCGUGCGCGCGGUCAGGUCGGGGGUGCGGUGGUGGAGGCCCACCGUGGCCGCGCUGGAAGGCAACGACGCGUUCGGCGGCCCCGCGGCCGAGAAGCUCGCCGCCGAGCUGCUGUGGCUCGGGCAGAAGAUGGCCGAGUGCGGCGCCGCACGCGAGGCCACCGUGCAGUUCGGCGCCGCGUCGCGCCUCGGCAGCCGCGCGCUCGUCGCCGAGCCCACGCUCCAGGUCGCGCUGCUCCGGCUGGCUGUGUUCCUGUUCAGGCACGCCAACUCGGCGGAGUUCGAGCAGGAGGAGGGCAAGGCGGCCGUGGCGGAGCAGCGGAUGGCGAUGCUGCGGUCGUGGCUGCCGCUGCUCUGCCGCGGCAGCAACGGGACGGACGCGCCGGUGCUGAGCGGCAGGGAGAGGGCGGAGAUGGUGACGGUGCUGGAGGAGCUGAUCGAGAAGCUGCGGUGGGAGCAGCAGGAGGAGGCCCUGGCGCUGUGGCUGCACCACUUCGCCGCCUGCCCGGACACCGACUGGCCCAACCUUGAGCGCUGCUACACGCGAUGGUACGCCGAGUCGCGCAAGCUCCUCGCUUGA